AUGGAUGGGAUUGAGGAUUUCAUGCUGACGCAGGAUCAACCCACCACGAGUGAGGACAAGGCCACUAUGCCCUUAUCGCCGCCGGAAGAGCAGGCGAGCCAGAGGCCGGAAAGCCACGCGGCUGCUGUCGCGCCUGCGCCGGACCACAAGACGUGCGCCGGGGAGCCCCAGCGCACGAUUGAGGCGGCGGGCGCGCUUGCGAGUGGCGGCGAGAACGAGGCCAUAGAGGUCGAGGAAACUAACGUAGAUAGUGAUAAUAAUUCAAGACUACGCACCAAACCCAGCGACUUGGGGCGCGGCCAUCAGGAUGGCGAUGCGGCGGUAGCAGAGGCGGUUGCCGAGCCAAGUCCAAACAUUGAGCUUGGGGCCUCCGCGCAGGGCUCUAUUGACGCCCACGCGGACGAAGUCCCGAAGCACGAGGAGCCUUCUGCGUUGAACCCGGUGGGUGAAACCCCGGAUCGCAAGCCGCAAAGAAAACAGAGCCUCAAGCGCGAAGAGCACAGCAAAGACGAAAGCGAGCACGAAGGCCCUGACGAGACAAGCGCAGGCAGCCGGGUUGCAAGUUGCGGAGAAAUCGCAAAAAAAAAUUACCAGGGCGGAGCAACUAUUAAAGGUGGGGAAAGAAGCGGCGCCGCGCCGUUGAAAGCUGAGAGCAAGCCGAACAACAACCGCAACGGUCGGGUGCCAGAUAAAAAGGACGAAGCGGACAAAACGGAUGACGCGGACUUAAAGAAUGGAACUCUGAUUGAGCGCAAGAAAAACAACGCAGGCCUUGACGAGGACCUACAGCCCGCAGGGACCGACGCAGCAGCCGAGAACUUGGAAAAGGCGAGCGGGGAGAUCAAAGAAGAUGCGUCCGGGAAGUGCGAGAAAGGAGCCGAGAGCGCUGAUGAGGAUGCUAGCGUGAUAGAGCAGCAAACGCAGACACAGAGCGCGAACAAGGCGGUGGGAAGCGGAGCUGCAGCAGAUAGCACCCCGGAUUUGCGGGGAAGUGCUAAGGGCGAGGAGCGCGAGGAGCAUGAGAGAGCUCUGGACGGCGGAGACGCGCCAAACGCUCAUGACACCGUCGAGGCCCGCGAGCCGGCAAACGGAGAGCUAGCUAUGGGAGAAGAAGCCGUCGAGCUAACCAGCGCAGAGCCCACGGAAACCGCAGAAGCCGUCGAGCCAACCAGCGCAGAGCCCACGGAAACCGCAGAGCAAGCGGAGGAGGCCGAGCACCCUGCACAGCGCGCCGAGAGCCGGGGCGCGGAAUUGAGCCACAGGCCAAAAACUUCUGACGUUCGCGAGUCUCGCGAGCCAGAGGUCCCAGAAGCAGGAGACGCUGAGUUGGUGGGUCGUAAAGAAGCGCACGCCGCCCAACAAGAUGACGAGGGAUUAGCCGGGCGAGACGGCCAAGCCGCACACGCCCUGCAGGAUAAGCAAGGUAUCCAGGCGACAAUUGCCCUGCAAGGUGAGCACGAAAACCCCGCAGGGGCCGCCGGCCUUGCAAGUGACGCAGAUCCCAGCGAGCAGAAGCACAACGACCGCGCCAAUCUCGGCGCGGAAACCGCUGCCGCGCAAACCGAAAACCCCGAGCCCAACAAAGCGCGCGGUACCGACCGGCCAGAGACCCUGCGUCAUACCGAACGCAAGGAGGCGACCUGCACCGACCCAGCCCAGACUACACAGUGCGACUCCGGAUCUGCCGUACUCGGCGCCGCCGCGGCUUCUAGAAACCGUGACGCCCAGCAACCAGGAUUCCGUGCAGCGACGCAUACCAAGGACAAGGAGGACGAGGACGCUACUACGGAGGAUCAAGCGCAAGAAACAGGCCCGGAGGCGAACUCGGACCUUAUUUCGGACCUUCUCUCCGAGCUUCACCUAGAGCCGCAGCCAGACCCCCGCUCGCAUGUUGUCGCCCAGACGGAACCUGAGGCCGGCCUAGACCACAACAAACAAACCCAAGCUUCCCGCCCAAAGCAGAGCCCAACAGCGUCCUCGUCCGCAGAUCAAUCCAGCGAUCCGGAAAACCAGCUUAAUGCCACAGACGGUGCCGCAGACGAUGUCGCAUUUGACGCAGACGGCUCUGCAGAGCCGCCCGCUGCCAGGGUUUCUGCAGCAAACUCCGAGUCUGCCUCACCAGCACAAUCUAGCACCUCAGAGCCAGCCGCGGUGCCUUCUGGCUCUAACACGCCCCCUACACACGUCAAGCCCGGGCCGGCUGUUCCGGAGAGUAUAAAUAAUGAUCAGCGCGCAGAAGUCACGAAGCAGGACGUGCCCGACGCAGAACACCAACAAACCAGCGUCGACUCCAGUGGCAACCACGCAAAGUCCGGGCCAGCUCCCGCACACCCAGACGCGCCCUCGCCGCUGAGCGCUGCGCGCGACUCUGACGCGCCUGCGCAGUCACAAUCGCGUGCCUUGGCCGACGAGAUCGACGAUUUGCUACGCGGUCUAGAAGCCAGCAGCGGCGUGGCUGACAAAAGCUCAGCCGAAAAAGGGGCCGCGCGCAGCCCCUCCGUCGGCGGUGACAAGAACAAAUCCAUCUCCGCCAUCUCCGCCAUCUCCGAUAUUCUCGCGUCGGAGCCCGUUUACCUCUACACAUCGCUUGCGGGCGGCGGCUUCCACAUGCCGUCCCGCACCAACCGCCUAGCUCAUAUUCUCAGUGCAAACCGCGUGGAUUUCAGCUACCGUGACCUAGGCACAGACGACGAGGCGCGCCGCGUGUGGAAACGGUUUGGUCGCGGCCGCAGCCUUCCAGCCGUUGUUCGCGGGCGCGACGACAUCAUAGGCAACUGGGAGGAGAUGGACCAGGCCAAUGAGGAUUACCGGGUUCGCGAGCUCAUCUACGAAACGCUGUAG